UGUAUGGAGGUGUUUACAGAGUAAAAGAACACAUUGGCCACAUUUUUGGAAAUGUUUCUGUAUGUCCCAAAUCUUCUCCUAUUGAUCAAGCCAAAUGUAAGAAUGCUAUUGCCGAGGCAAAGAAUAAGAGGAAAAAUAAGAAGAAGGAGGAAGAUUUGAUGAGAUCAACUAUUAAUAUCUCUGAAAGAGUGGAAGGGGAUGAUGAAGAUGAAUUGCAAGAGUUAGGUAGCAGAAAAACGUCCUGUACUCUUGGCCCUAUGGAUAAGUUUGCUAGCUCCAUCAGCCCUGAAACUUGUUUGAGUGCGAGAAUGACCCAAAGGCAACAAACUAUUAGUGAAGCACUAUUUAAAGAGAGAAGAUAGUUUGUUCGUGAAUAUUAUGCUAAAUGGGUGUAUGAAGCUAGUAUACCUUUCAAUGCUAUUAAUAAUGAUAGUUUCAAAUUGUUUGUUGAGGUGGUUGGUCAAUUUGGGCCGGGCUUCAAACCUCUCAGUCAAUACCAAUUGAAGGAACUGCUAUUAAAGGGGGAAGUGACAGAAUAAAAGAGUUAUUGAAGAAGCAUGAAGAAGAGUGGGCAUGAACUGUGUGCUCUAUUAUGACAGAUGCUUGGAUAGAUAGAAAAAUGAGGAGCAUCAUGAACCUAUGUGUUAAUUCUAAUGCAGGUACUACUUUCCUUUCUUCUAGAGAGUCUUCAGAUGAAGCACAUAUAAGUGAACUUAUCUUUGAGUAUGUGGAUAAGUGCAUUGAGCAAGUUGGGCCACAAAACUUCAUCCAAGUAGUAACUGACAAUGCUGCCAAUAAUAUGGGAGCGACAAAAUUAUUGAGGGUGAAGAGGCCAAAUAUCUUUUGGACCUCAUGUGCUACUCACACCAUCAAUUUGAUGCUUGAAAGUAUUGGAAAACUGCCGAAGUACAAAAAAGUCAUUGAUCAAGCCAAGAGUUUCACAAUCUUCAUUUAUGCACACCAUAAAACCUUGUCCUUAAUGAGGUCAUUUACGAAGAAGAGGGAUAUAGUGAGACCAGGAGUCACUAGAUUCGCUUCUGCUUUCUUGACUUUAUAGAGUUUGAUGGAGAAAAAGGCCCAACUGAGGGCAAUGUUUACCAGCUCUGAAUGGGAGGAGUGCAGAUGGUCGAAGAUUGUUAAAGGGAAAGCAGCAUAUGCUACUGUGAUGAGCAUUGCCUUUUGGAAUGGUGUGACUAUAUGCCUUAAGGUUUUUGCACCUUUGGUGAAGGUGCUUCGAAUUGUUGAUGCGGAUAGAAAGCCUUCUAUGGGCUUUUUAUGUGGAGAGAUUAAGCAAGCAAAGGAAGAUAUUAAGGAGGCCUUGAAUAAUCUUGAAAAGAACUAUAAGCCUAUUAUGGAGAUUAUUGAAGCAAGGGUAAAAGAUAGGCUAGAUAGUUCACUAUAUUUUGCAGCUUACCUUUUGAAUCCCUACUAUUUUUUCAAGGAUAUGGAUAUACAACUUGAUAAUGAAGUGAUGGAUGGGCCUUUUAACUGUGUGGAGAUGUUUUAUCAUUAUGAUGGUGAAUUGCAAGACCAUGUUAUAAAUGUUGAGUUGCCAAAGUAUAUUCGUAAAGAUGGAGCUUUUGAAAAAUCGUGGGCAACUCAAGGGUGUGCGAAAAAUGAUGACAAUUAUAAUCCAGUUACAUGGUGGAUGACUUAUGAAAAUCAAACUCCAAACUUGCAACGAAUGGCGAGAAAGAUUCUCUCGUUAACCACUAGUUCAUCCGGUUGUGAAAGAAAUUGGAGCACUUUUGAAGGGGUUAGUGUAUAUAUGAAUUAUAUUUAUUUACUAUCAAUUAGUUAUCCUUAUUCAGUUAUCAUUUAUAUUGAUAUUGUUUUUAUUUUAUUUAUGUAGAUACAUACGAAGAAAAGAAAUAGACUAGACAUGAAUCGAUUGAACAAUCUAGUCUAUGUUCAAUUUAAUGUGAAAUUGAUGAACAAGCACAAAAGGGAGAAGGAAAGGAAUGUUGAUGUGCUACUUGCUAGUGAUGCUAGUAAUGCACAAGGAUGGAUCGUUGAUGGAGAAGAUGAUGAAGAAGUUGAGCCUGGUGCGGGGCUCACUUGGGAAGUGGUUGGUGAAACAUCGGGAGCAGACGAGAUGCUUCAAGCUCAAAGAAGUUCUAGGAUGAGAGAGCUUCAUGAAGAUGAUUUUCAAUCAGAAGAAGAAGAUGAGAAAGAAAUCAAUGAAUUUGAUUUUGAGUCCGAUGAAGAUCGUGUAUUGGAAGAAUAUGGAGAGGAAGAAGAUCAAUUAGAUAAUUAGACUUAGAUUUUUCGGAUAUGGUUUAUGUUGUAUUAUUGCUACUUCUACCUUCUUGAACUUAUAACUAAUAUAAUAGUUUAUUUUCUGAGUCUUAAUUUCAUUAUUUCACUUGUCUUUUCAACUUUGAUUUACAUGAAAAUAAUAUCAAAUUACAUCAAAAGGUUUUUAGAAAAAAAAAAUAUCAUUUUUCCUAGUCACCGCCUAGGCGCUAGGCCCUAGCCUGGCGCCCGACUAGCGCCUAGCGCGUUUU